CGCCCCUCAACUUGUCCCUGGAAUAUUUGUUACUCCUGCUGCUGCCACCACUCAACAAGAUAAAUUUCCUUCCGAGAGAUAACCUCCGACACGAUCUCUCUCCCCUUCUACUACUCCACAUCAUCCAUCCUUUUAAUUCUUCUUCUCCCCUCUUCUUCUAAUAAUUUAAUCUCUACAGCCUUUCCUUGAGAUUUAAUAAUAUCACAUCUUCUUCAUCAUGUCUUCCUUGCCCCCCGUCUAUAUUGUCUCCGCCGUGCGGACGCCUCUUGGCUCCUUCUUGGGUUCUCUCUCGAGUGUGAACGCUGUCGAGUUGGGCACGCACGCCAUCAAAGGUGCUCUUGCGCGGGUCCCGGAGAUCAAGCCUGAGGAUGUCGAGGAAGUCUUCUUUGGUAACGUCGUGUCUGCAAACCUUGGUCAGAACCCUGCCCGCCAGUGCGCCAUUGGUGCUGGCUUGGGCGAGAGUACCGUUGCCACAACUCUUAACAAGGUCUGCGCUUCUGGUCUCAAGGCCAUCACCCUCGGUGCUCAGACCAUCAUGACCGGUAACGCCGAUAUUAUCGUGGCUGGUGGCACUGAGUCCAUGUCCAACGCCCCCCACUACCUCGCCACCAUGCGCACUGGUGCCAAGUUUGGAAACCAGACACUUGUGGACGGUGUGUCGCGGGAUGGUCUCUCUGAUGCUUACGGCGAGAAGAGCUCCAUGGGUAUCUAUGCCGAGAAAUGCGCUGAGGAUCAUGGAAUCUCUCGUGAGAGCCAGGACGACUACGCCAUCCGCUCUUAUCAGAAGGCGCAGGCCGCCCAGGCGAAUGGCUGGUUCAAGAAUGAGAUUGUUCCCAUUGAGGUCAGCGGUGGCCGUGGCAAGCCCAACGUCGUCAUUGACAAGGACGACGAGUGCAAGAACCUCAACAUUGAGAAGCUCCGUGCUAUCCGCCCCGCUUUCAUCCCCGGCAAGGGAACCGUUACCGCUCCCAAUGCUUCUCCUAUGUCCGACGGCGCCAGCGCCGUCAUCCUUGUUUCUGAGGCCAAGCUGAAGGAGCUCAACCUCAAGCCCAUUGCCAAGAUCCUGGGCUGGGGUGACGCUGCCCACGCGCCCUCCGAUUUCACCACCGCUCCCUCUCUUGCUAUCCCCAAGGCUCUGAAGCACGCCAAGGUCGAGCAGAGCGCCGUCGACGUCUUUGAGAUCAACGAGGCCUUCAGCGUUGUCGCUCUGGCAAACUUGAAACUCCUCAACCUCGAUGCGGAGAAGGUCAACCUACACGGUGGUGCGGUCGCUCUUGGUCACCCGCUCGGUGCCAGCGGUGCUCGCAUUGUCGCUACCCUGCUCGGUGUUCUCAAGGAGAAGGGCGGCAAGAUUGGCUGCGUCGGUAUCUGCAACGGUGGCGGCGGUGCUUCUGCUAUGAUUGUCGAGUCUCUGCUGUAAGCAUACAGUUUUAAAAGCAGUUUAAUCAUCGCCUUUGUUGCGCACUUUGUUACAUAGAACAGGGCAGCCCCGCGUCCUGCAUUUGUCGCCUGCGGCACCAACAAACCUGGACA